UGGCGCGCGAGGAUUUUCAAACCUGCUUGGGAGGGUAUCGCACGUCCUUGUCCGUGAAGAAAUGACCCGGGUGAGGUGAUUAAACUGAAGGAGCAGAAGAGGACCAUUAGGGUCAUCAUGCUGGAAGAUGGAGAGGCAGGAGACCCGUGCGCUUCACUCCGAGCUGAGGUGGAACGACUGAAGUUGGAGCUCCAGGAGGUCAACGAGGAGAAGCUGCAGGCAGCCCGCUAUGGCUUGGCGGUGCUGGAGGAGAGCACAGCAUUGAAGAGCAAGCACAGGCAGCUGGAAGAGGAGCACGAGACUCUCAGACAGGAAGUGAAGCAGCUGAGAGAGGCAUUGGCAGAAUCAGUGAGCAGCCAGAAAAGAGUGGCAGCAGAUGGAGAGAGUCGGGAAGAAACUCUACUUCGGGAGACGGCCACCAAGGAAGCAGCAAUGGCCGCUCGCCUGGAAGAGGUGCAGGGAGAGUUGCGACAGGCACGGAUUGCUCUGGACAACACCCAGGCUGAGAGCGAGAGGCUUGGAGCGCUGUAUGUCCAGCUAAAGACGGAGUUUGAGUGUAUAGAAGCUGAGAAGAAUCGUCUGCGGGAUGAGAUGAAGGAGUAUAAGGCACGGGAGCUGCAACAGCUGCAGGACAACAGUGAGCUGGAGGAAGAGAACAUCUCGCUGCAAAAGCAAAUCUCUGUGCUGAAGGAGAAUCAGGUGGAAUUUGAGGCAGUGAAGCUGGAGUUAACCCACAAGGAGGAGGAGCAAGAGCUGCUGAGGGGCCAGCUAGAGGAGGCUGGACGCUUACGAGAAAUUGCAGAACGUCAGCUAGAAGAGGCCCUUGAGGGCCUGAAGGAAGAGCGGGAGCAGAAGAACAGCCUGAGGAGGGAGCUGUCUGCCCUUGCCAUUAAUCCAUUUGACUCUGUAAGCAACCUGGAGCUUCAUCUGGAGCAGUUGGAGGAGAGUCAGAAUGGAGGUGGAGGAGAGGACCAGGACAGUGGUUACAAUAAUGGGUUCCCUUUGCUAGCCACCAAGGCCAUCGGGCACCAUCGUUAUUCAACACCUAGAAACAGUGACGUGUUCCUGCGUGCCCCUGCCCCAGGCUUGGUGUCCGACCUGCUGAGUGAACUGCAUCUUUCCGACAGUCAGAAACUCAAACAGCAGUUGGCCCAGGCAGAAAAGGAAAAGGCUUUUCUUUCUAGUACAGUACAGAAUCUGCAGGAAGAGAGAGACGCAUGCAGAGCAGCCUUGAACGAGGAGAAGAGCAAGAUGGUGACCCUUACCAAACAACUGGAUGACCUGCAGAGCUGUCGAGACAUCUUGUUGAAGAAGUGUGAGAACCGGGAGAGCAUCAGACCCCAAGAAGGGACUGAGUCUGGCAUCAAUGGAGAGGGGAGGCUCACUGACCUUGGUGAUGGUGCAGACCUCCUGGAACGUGGCAUGCUUGCAACCAGCAAGGAGCUGGCACAACUGAGAGAGGACUUGAAGGAGGCAAAGAAUCGGUACGAAACCCUGGAGGGCAAGUACCACCAAGAGAAGGAGCGAUGGAAGAGUGAGGCUCAGGAACUGGCAGAGAAGAUCCGGCAGUGCAUAAAAUCUAGCCGACAAGACCAAGAGCGCAUUCUGGAGCUGGAGAAGGAGAUCAGAGCCACCAUGAAAGCGGCCUCUGAUUCAGAAAGCCACCUCACCAAUGCCCAGGAAGAGCUUCUGACCUUCUCAGAGGAACUGGCCAGCCUCUACCACCACAUAUGUGUAAGCAGCAACCUCACGCCUGUUCGCGUAACCCUGGAUUACUAUCGCAGGGGAGGACGUGUCCAACAUGCUCCACACCAAAGACCUCUGCACAAGCGGUGCUCUUCAGACCUCUUGGGAAAGAUGCUGCACACAGCUGAUAUGGAUACCAGGAGCUCUGGAGGGAACAGUGGGGAUUCCUCACCUAGUAGCCCUGGAGCCAGCAGCUGCCCUGGAUCCCCCACCCUCGACUUCCGGGACCCCAUCAAUGUGCGAAGCUUAGUGGCUGUCAUCCGCAGUCAGAUGAAGCACUUACAGGUGGCAGUUGACCUGUGUCGGCAGAGAGUCACUCUUUCCUCCCAAUCCUCUCGGAACAUGCCUGACACAGAGCGGGACACAGAGGCUCUUCUUGAGGAGGUGCUGAAGCUUAGGUCCUUGCUGAGCACCAAGAGGGAGCAGAUUGCCACACUCAGGACUGUCCUCAAAGGCAACAAACAAGCAGCAGAGGUGGCCCUAACAUCACUUAAGACAAAAUAUGAGAGUGAGAGGAGUGCAGUAUCUGAAGCUGUGGUGAAGCUGAGAAAUGAACUCAAGGCCCUCAAGGAAGAUGCUGCCACUUUCUCUGCCCUCAGGACCAUGUUUGCCAGCAGGUGUGACCAGUAUGUUACGCAGCUUGAUGAGAUGCAGAGGCAGCUGGCUGCAGCAGAAGACGAGAAGAAGACGCUUAAUUCUCUGCUACGCAUGGCCAUCCAGCAGAAGCUUGCCCUAACGCAACGCCUGGAGGAUCUGGAAGCACCCCUUGGCUCCUUGAGUAACACCAGCAGCCCUCGACGCUCCAGGACCAAGCGUAUGGACGCCAAGUCUCGCAUCCCCAGGAGCCCACAUGGGAGUCCUGUGAGACCCUUGCGGUCCAGUCCUUGCUCUAGCUCCAUCAGAAAUGGCAACAUCCAGCAGUGAAGAUGACUGCUUGAGGGGGAAAGAAGUAAAAGGAACAGUAGAUGGACAUUCCAACAGUUAGUGCUUAGCUGACCUUCAGCAUUGUAUCAUUCACGCUAUUAAUUAGGUUUUGCUUGCUUAGGAAGACCAUUUAUAAAAAAAGAAAUUCUACAAAAGACGUCUGUCUGGAUCUACCUGGAUCUUGUGAUGUACCUUAGAAUUAAUAAUUUCACUUUGCUAUAUUGUUUCACAUUUUUGUUGCAUUACAGUGGGAAAGUGUAAUGUGCUUAAUCAGCUAGUGUUAUUUUAACAAAAAAAAUUAUUCUAGCUGAAGAAGCUCUUCUGUUUGUCUGUGUGCUGAUGACACUUAAUUCAGACCCAUCUUUGUUUCACCUAAGAUACUGAAAUUGAAUUCAGCCUGUGUUGUAUGAAAGCAGCAAAUUUUGCCUUUAUAGUCAAAUGUAAAAAGUAAAUUACUCAAAUAUCAAUGUACACUUGAACUUUUAUGCUUUUUAAAAUGUACUUUUUGAGAUUCUUGAAGUGUUACGGUAAGCUAAAACUGACAGUUAUCUUGAGUGAACCUGGCUAUUGAGGCACAGAAACAAGACCAUGGUUUUGAGAAUGCUGGAAAAUUUUGUUUAAACCAAAUGUGUCUGUUAUUACCAAUUUGGGUGCACAGCUCUGCCAAGGAUUUUUUUUUUUUUUUUUUUUUCCCCCACCAAGUUAAUGCAUAUGAUGCUACAUUUAAGGAAAAUUUAAUUGCAUUCUUGCAGAAAUCCUUUAUGGCUGAGCUCUCGACAAGUACUGUUUUAACAAAAUAUUUAUCACCAUUAUGUAAAAUGUGCCUUAAUUUUUGCCUUUUUGAGUGCCAUCUUAAUCAACAGAUUUUCUGUAUGUCUGUGUGUAAAGUCUUUUACCAUUUUUUUAGACUUUAGAUAUUACUCACUGCUAAUGAAUGCAUUAAAAUGGCCACAAUCUCAGAAGAAGGCAUUUACAGAUUACAGUUGGAAAAAUGCUUCUGUAGCCAUAUACUAACUUUCUGAAAAAUUUAAUAAUGUGCCUUAGUGUGAUUGCUUGACUACCUUGUCUCCCCCUCUAUGUAUUUUAAUGUACGUGGAAGUAAAUGUGGUAUUUUCAUGUCUUUGAGCACACCCAUGCACAGUCUGGUAAAAAAAACUAGCUGUCUCUUCAGGUGUUUUCUAUGUUUUGCAGUUUGAAAGUGUUUGUAAAUAGGUUGUGUGCUGUUAUUUACAGUAAUAUGUGACAUCUGGGCAAGGGAUUACACUGUACAAAUUUAAACCUGGGUAAACUUUUUUGUGAUCCUUUUCUGUCUCUUAAAAUAAAUACGUAUUCUAAAAAACAUCCUUACUCAGUCCUGUUCUUAAGUGCCUGUCCACGGAGUACUGUACCUAAUUCGUAAAAUGAAAGAGCGGUAAUGUUUGCCAC